CAACUGGCCCUUCUAAAAUUGAUAAACGAUGCCAACAUAUGGAUCCAUUGAACCCAACGAAAUACCGCUUCUGUCAGCAAAAAUGUAAAAAUUUGAAAGGCUCUUUUCGUUGUAGGUGCAAGAAAGGCUAUACUCUGCGGCAGGAUGAUCAGAGUUGUGAGUUGAAAAAAUGCAAGCCAGGCUUUAAAAGAUCCGCCGAUGGAGUCACGUGCCAGGUCAUCAACGAACAAUUUCUACCCACUAAUACGAAUAGUCCUCCUGCUGCAAUUCAGCCAACGCCAACAACUGAAGAGCCAUUACUACCCACUACUACGAAUAGUCCUCCUGUUGCUAUACAGUCAACCCCAACAAGCGAUACUCCUUAUAAUCGUCCGCCGUACUGUGAGAUCUUGCCGGACCCGCUCCAUGGCAAGGCUAAAUGUUAUAGCUAUGAACCAAAUGGAUUUCAGAAGAAUUUGUGCCAUAUUAUCUGCGAUGUGGGCUAUGUCUUAAGUGGUUCUCCUAUUAGGACUUGUGAUCACCCAGGAAUUUGGAGUGGUUCAGAGUCAAUUUGCGUGGAUAUUAAGGACUUACCCAGCCGAUUUUACAACAAAUACAUUUUGCCAAAUUGGAAGGAUACCCUGACUAUAAAGCUAUCAGAAUCUCAGGAGUACGGCCAUUCUGUAUCAUCACAAACUAGCUAUUCCUCAGACGGAAAAGUAAGUUAA